UCAUCUUCAUGGCUGCCUGAAGCAACAACUUUUAGUUUUUUCUGAGCAUUUCAAAUGAUUGCAAGAAACUAAUAACUUUGAGAGAGAAUGGACUCCUUACCUGAUGCUGUUAUCCAAUACAUUUUGUCACAUUUAAGCAAUGCCAAAGACGUAGCAUCGUGUAAUUGCGUCUCGAAGAAGUUUAAAGACUCAAUGCCUUAUGUAACGAGCCUUUACUUCGCACGUAGCGUCUUUGAUAGCCUAACAAACGGUCAAGAUCCCGACUCCGUUAUAAUGCAGAUGGUCUCUUCGAUUUCCCGAUUGGAAGAGCUCGUGGUUUACUGCCCGUUUACCGGUUCUGGGCUGGCCUCGUGUGUCUUACUCGCGGGUUCUUCGUUAAAAAGUCUCGAGCUCCGAAUGGAUAAUCUUGUUGAUCAGAAUAUGGGUAAUGAUAGUUUGUUUAAACUCGAAUGCAUUCAAGCUGCAAAAAAUCUCGAGUCUUUAAGACUUUGGGGUGUGUUCAUGGUGCGUGCUCCGAAGUGGGACACGUUUCGAAAACUGCGGAAUCUUGAAAUCGUUGGAGCAAAAUUGGAGGAUUCGGUGUUGGUUGAGGCUCUUCGAGCGACUCCUAACCUUACCCAACUUGUGCUUCUUGGUUGUGAGGGUUUGAGGACGGUUUCAAUUGAGCUUCUCGAGCUCGAGCAUUGUAGACUUGAUUUUUACGGUUCGGGUAGUUGUUCGCUCACGCUCAAAGCUCCGAAACUCGAAGACCUUCAAGUUCAAGGGUGUUGUUGGAUUAGAGUUCGUGAGACGAGUUGCUUGAAGUAUCUUUCGAUCUCGAACAAUGCUGGGAGAAUUUACAUGGUGGACUUCGGUAAGCUCGUGGCACUUGAGUCGUUAGCGAUUAGAGGCGUUCAAUGGUGUUGGGACGCAAUACACAAAAUGCUUCAACUCGCAACCGAAGUGAAACAUCUCUUCAUGAAAAUAGAAUUCACCGGAGAUUUCGAAGCUCUUCUCCCGUUUCCCGAGAUCGAUUUCGUCGACUUCUUCAAAACUCAUCCGAACCUCAAAUCAUUCGACAUCCAUGGUGCAAUGUUUGCUGCCCUCUGCCAGAAAAAUAGUCUAAAGAACGUGGAUUCGAGUUUCGUGAUCCCGUGGCUUGAAGAGGUUGUGAUCACGGUGAGAUCGCCUUUGAACGUCGAGCAGAAGAUGAACACGCUCGAGUCGUUGGUGAAGUUUGCGAAGAAUUUGAAGAAGAUGAAGAUCAAGAUUCUUCAAAUGAGAAGUGGGCACAGCAGUGCUGAUGAGUUUUUUGAAGAGAUUUGCAGGUUUAGACUCAUGAAUUAUAGCUUAAUCUCAAUAGAGUAAAAUUUAUGUUUUUCUUAAUUGAAUCAGCUCCAUAAUCAGAUGUUAUGAUU